CAAAAAUUGUUUGCAAUAUACGCCAUCUAAGUUGGUAUAUUGCAUCUCUCAUGAAGCAUUAUAAAGAUUUAUUCUGAAGUUUUAAGCAUAGGAUAGUAGAAAUUAUAUACUUAUAUCUUCUGAUUUUGUACUAUUAUAUUAACUGGAAUGGAGCGAAGUAUUCAUGAAAUGUUAAAAGAUGCUCCAUCUUUAAAUGAUAGUGAUAGUGCAGUUCAUAGUGGAACUCCUCCACCUCAUGUACCAAACAAUUGUAAUAAUGAUAGUCAACCUAGACCAGCUACAAUAAAUUUAACUUUGGGUAGUCCUACAUCUCAAAUGUCUAUAACAGUAUCUCCAAAUACACCUAUUCAAAAUGGUGAUACACAAACAAUGCGUACUGCUCAAAGUAAAAUUGAAAGCAUUAAAAAUUGGAGUAUUUCUACAUAUAAAUGUACAAGACAACUAAUGUAUGAAAAACUUGGAAAAACAUCCCGUACAGUAGAUUCAGAGCUUGAAACCCAAAUUGAAUUAUUAAGAGAUACUCAAAGAAAGUACUGUAAUGUUUUACGGUUAUCAAGAGCAUUAGCUUCUCAUUUCCAUCAUGUUGUUCAAACUCAACAUGCUUUAGGAGAAGCAUUCUCUGAGUUAGCACAGAAAUCUCCAGAAUUACAAGAAGAAUUUUUAUAUAAUUCAGAAACUCAAAGAAAUUUAACUAAAAAUGGUGAAACAUUAUUAGGGGCCUUAAAUUUUUUUGUUUCUUCAGUAAAUACACUUUGUAAUAAAACUAUUGAAGAUACGUUAUUUACCGUACGGCAAUAUGAAACAGCAAGAAUAGAAUAUGAUGCCUAUAGGACAGAUCUUGAAGCAUUAGCACAAGUAACAAAAAACGAUAGUAGCAAUGCAGCAAGAUUAGAAGCAGCACAGGCUAAUUAUGAAGAACAUAAACAAAAUUUUGAAAAAUUAAGAUCAGAUGUUUCAAUUAAACUUAAAUUUUUAGAUGAAAAUAGAAUCAAGGUAAUGCACAAACAAUUAUUAUUAUUUCACAAUGCAGUAUCUGCUUAUUUUUCUGGAAAUCAAACUGCACUGGAAGCCACACUGAAACAAUUUAAUAUAAAGGUUAAAUCACCAAAUUCAUCUUUACCAUCAUGGCUUGAACAGUAGUUACAUUAGAAAAAAUAAAUUUAAAUAAUCAGACAAACAUGAAUAAAAAAUACAUUCGUCCAUACGAAUUUUUCCUCAAAAAUGAAAGAGAAUUACAAAAUAGAAUGACUUUUAAAAAUUCUCAAAAACAUAAAAAAACACUGCUAUCAAGUAAUUUAUCAAGUUCAAUAAUUUUUGAAACAAAAAUGAAUUAUCAUAAAAAAAAUAGACUGAAUUUUUUUUUUAAAUUCUGCUUUAAAUAUCGGCCAGUAUCUGUGGUACAUGGCAUAUGAAUCUUAAUUAU